CCGGAAGCUGACGCCAGAGCCGAGCUGUUCCAUCGGCGGAGUAAAGAUGGCUGACCAAGGCGCCGCAGAUCCUGGUAAUAACAACAAUAAUAAACCUGAAGCCUCGGAGGGAACUAUUAUUAAGGUCACAGUGAAAACCCCUAAAGACAAAGAAGAAAUCGCCAUCGCAGAAGAUGCCUCUGUCACUCAGUUUAAAGAAGAGAUCUCGAGGCGAUUCAAAGCCAAACAGGACCAGUUGGUUCUGAUUUUUGCAGGGAAGAUCUUGAAGGACGGCGACAGCCUCAGCCAACAUGGCAUCAAAGAUGGCCUGACAGUUCACCUAGUCAUAAAGACAGCGCACAAGGCAGGAGAUGGCGGUAGCACCUCAGCCUCUAGCUCAGCCUCCACUCAAGCAGGCAGUACCUCCACUUCUAGUCCAGCCACCAACCCCUCCUCCACAACAGGCUCUACUGGCUCUGCCCCACCACCCACACAGACGCCCAACAUACUGACUGGCUUUGGUGACCUGGCAGGUCUGGCAGGCCUCGGUAUGGGCUCGGCUAACUUCAUGGAACUGCAGCAGCAGAUGCAGAGGCAGCUCAUGUCCAACCCAGAGAUGCUUUCUCAGAUUAUGGAGAACCCGCUGGUGCAGAACAUGAUGUCAAACCCAGACCUGAUGAGACAGAUGAUCAUGGCUAAUCCUCAGAUGCAGCAGCUGAUGGAACGCAACCCUGAGAUCUCUCACAUGCUCAACAACCCUGAGCUCAUGAGACAGACCAUGGAGCUAGCCAGGAACCCAGCCAUGAUGCAGGAAAUGAUGCGAAACCAGGAUCGGGCUCUAAGCAACUUGGAGAGCAUCCCAGGAGGUUACAAUGCCUUGCGGAGGAUGUACACAGACAUCCAAGAACCUAUGUUCAGCGCUGCCAGGGAACAGUUUGGUAGCAACCCGUUCUCAGCUCUAGGUGGAACCUCUGACUCUGGUGCCCAGCCGUCACGGACAGAGAACCGGGAGCCCCUGCCCAAUCCAUGGGGGCCACCAAACUCUUCUAACCCCUCAGAAAGCGGAGGGGCCAGCACAGGAAGCACUAGCACCACUGGAGGAACCAAUCCCAGUGUGUCCAACCCUCUGGGCAUCAAUCCUGGAAGUCUAGGAAAUGGCAUGUUCAACAGCCCGGGCAUGCAGAGUCUACUGCAGCAGAUCUCAGAAAACCCUCAGCUGAUGCAGAACAUGCUGUCUGCUCCCUACAUGCGCAGCAUGAUGCAGUCACUGGCUCAAAACCCAGAGUUGGCCUCCCAGGUUUUGAUGAAUAAUCCCUUGUUUGCUGGAAACCCACAGCUGCAAGAACAGUUCAGAGCUCAGCUGCCUAUCUUUCUACAGCAGAUGCAGAACCCAGAAGCGCUGUCAGUGAUGACCAAUCCCAGGGCCAUGCAAGCUCUAAUGCAGAUCCAACAGGGCCUACAGACGCUGCAGACAGAAGCACCGGGUCUCAUGCCCAGUUUGAUGACAGGUGGAAUCCCUGGCAUUCCCACAGGAGGGGGCAUGCCUGCAGAGAACCCUGCUUCCUCACCCAGCACUGCUGGAACAAACCCCGCCCAGCAACAGCUGAUGCAACAGAUGCUCCAGAUGUUUGCUGGAGGAGGUGGAGGAGGAGGAAGUGCACCGACCCAGACCCCAGAGGUUCGGUUCCAGUCACAGCUGGACCAGCUGAACGCCAUGGGCUUCAUCAACCGCGAGGCCAACCUGCAGGCCCUCAUCGCUACUGGAGGAGACAUCAAUGCCGCUAUCGAGAGACUGCUGGGCUCACAGCCCUCGUAAAGACAUACAGUACAUACUGACACACAGACACACGCCUACAUACAUGCCUAACUCAUAAACACCCCCAGCAUCUACAGAGAACCAAGAGAAAUUUAAGUGUAUUGUCCCAAACUUUACAGAAUAUACUUGGGCAGGAUCUGUAAGACCCUCAUUCUACAUCUGUUACCAGACCAUUCCCUAGUCCCGAUACUUUCAUUUUUACACAUCGUCAGACCGGAUCUCUGUCUCAGAGUGCUGCUGUAGAGUCGGACUGAACCACUCUCAACUCGAAGGGUGUUCUGGUGCAGAGAAAAAGGAGCGAAAACCUCUCCUGAAAAGGGAUUCCCAUCCAUUUUCUUCAUUCAUUGAUUUCUUCACAAAAACUGGAGUCAAGUAUUGCAGGCAAACCUUAACAUGACACAGAUUAAACCCAUGUGAUGUGAUUGGCAGUUGGCUCUGUUUCAUACAUGACCACUGUGAGGCAGUUUGUUGGUAUUUAACCAGCAAGUUGUUACAUGAAGAUGUUCUGGUAUACAGGCAGUAAUCCUGACCGUGAUCAGGGCGAUAUCUUGUCCAUACAGAAGUUCAACCUCAUUCCUCCUUCUUUCCCCGAUCAUGAGAUUCUACAUCAAUGGCUGUUUUUGCCCAACAGCUUUCACUAUUUAUUGCAAGCGCUUAAGAGAACGAUGCCCUCCACACUUCCCUAAAGUUGUAAUUUGUCAUUCCAGAAAGAAGUGCCCACUCAUGGGGACACGGUGUUUUUUUUUUUUCUUCUGAGGCACCACCUGCUGUCCUCCACUGCCCUAUAGGAGCAUUGUCAGCAAGUUCUAGCCUCACUCAGUGGGUUAAUUAGAACCACCCUCCCACUCCACCCAGAAAAGUCCGCACAACAUCAUUCAGAACUUUAACCAUAAUCAAAUAUCACAUUGCAGCAUCUCUGAAGCAGAGGGCGCUGUUAGAAUGAAUAUGAAUGAAACAAAACAAGCUUUCCUUUCAUUUUAAUCUGAUUCUUCUUUUUUUUUUUCCUGUUUUCUUUUUUUUUUUUUUUUUUGAGGUGCAGUUAGUACCUAGAGAUAAUAAUGAUUUGUCUCACAUGAAAUAAACGUGGAAAUCAAAUGAGUUAAAAAAAACGAAAAAAUAAUUAAAUAAUGGAAAGGCUUUACAAACAAUUUUUGGUAUGGUGGCACCAUACGUUUCUCAAAUCAAGAUCUAGGUUGUCUUAUAUAUAUUAUUAUUUUUUUUCUUUUUGAAAAUCUCAGCAUUGUAGUUGUGGUAACCUUGGCAACUGCUUCUAUAGCUUUGCUUUGUCUGUUGACCUCAGCUGAAAAAAAAAUCCAUCUCCCAAUUGAACAUGUUGGAACUAACUUUUAACAGUACUGUACUAAAAAAAAAAAUAAAACAUGGUCAAAAACAUA